CUCUGUGCUCCGGGGCAGAGGAGCCACUCUCAGAUCUCCUGGGGAGCACACGGAGCUGCAGCACCGGGAGCUGGGCAGGGGAGGAGGAACAAGAAACUAAAACACAGAAGAGAGAAGGUGACACAGCAUUAACAUCAGACAGAGGCACGAGACAGCAAGAAGAAAAAGAACAAAGGACUUUUCUUCUUUUCCUUCUGUUUUUAAUCCUGCUUUCUGGGGGAAAAUGGGACAGCAGUUCACCAAUGCUGAAGAGGAUCAAGGAGAGAUUGAUGUUGCAGAGCUGCAGGAAUGGUAUAAGAAGUUUGUGGUGGAAUGUCCCAGUGGGACCCUCUUCAUGCACGAGUUCAAGAGGUUCUUCGGGGUCCACGAUAAUCAGGAAGCAGCAGAGUAUGUGGAGAACAUGUUCAGGGCUUUUGACAAGAAUGGGGAUAACACCAUUGAUUUUCUGGAAUACGUAGCUGCCUUGAAUCUUGUUUUACGAGGAAAACUGGAACACAAGCUGAGGUGGACGUUCAAAGUGUAUGACAAGGAUGGGAAUGGCUGCAUAGAUAAACCUGAGCUGCUGGAAAUUGUUGAAUCCAUCUACAGGCUGAAGAGGGUGUGUUGGUCGGACGUGGAGGACAGGACCCCGCUGCUGACACCAGAGGAGGUGGUGGACAGGAUAUUUCAGCUGGUGGAUGAGAACGGGGAUGGGCAGUUGUCUCUUGAUGAGUUCAUUGAUGGAGCCAGGAGGGACAAGUGGGUGAUGAAGAUGUUGCAAAUGGAUGUGAACCCUGGGGGAUGGAUCACUGAGCAGAGGAGGAAGAGUGCUUUGUUCUGAGAAAAUUCGGGUUUGGCACAGCUGAAAACCUGAUGCUGACUCCCAAGUGUGACCCUUCCUCUAGCCUGGUAGUGACUUUCCUUUUUAAUUCGAUCUCAGCAUGCAGAUGAAAACCUGAGUGGUUUAAGGAGCCGUAUCUCGAUGUAAAACCCACGUGCUGAGCACCGCUGGUACCCAGGGACUAUUUCUGGCCCAUGAAUAAGUCCUUUUGUGUACACAAUACUGUGUUUGUCAGCUCUGGUUUUUGGUUACACCCCAAGGAACAAACUUUUUGUGGCUUCCUGCAGCAGACCCUGAGCAGGGUUUGGAGCUGGUGACAGAUGGGACUGGGAGGUGAGGAAAGGAGCCAGGGGUGCUGUCUCCAGAGCAGACUGGUGCUGGCAUCGCUCACUGCUGCAGAGUUACAACAGCUCACACCAACACAGCUGCUCUGGCAGGUGUUGGGCAUUCAGGGUGUCUCGAUGUGUGUUUUGUAGCCUUUACUGCUGCUCAUGUCAGAUUCCUGAAGACCAACACACAACUACCAAAAAUGAGAAUUGGAUCAGAGCAGUGGCCAGGACAACACUCAGAGCUGAGGGAAACAACGUGAGGGCUGGGCAGGAGGAGCAGGGACUCCUUCCCCUCCCUCCUGGGGACCAGAGUCUGCUCCUUCUGCCUGCUCGAGGCCUGAGGGGCUGAUAGGUGCUGAUUCCAAACACUGACAUUUCACAGCCCCGUUUAGAGGACAGAACGGCACGGGUGUGACUCGGCUCCUUUUGAGCCCCUGGUUCUUAGGGAAUCAUCGCUCUGGAACAGCUUUUCCUGCUCUGGGAACAGUGGAUGAGCUCAAGGAGCUCCAGGAUUUUCACUGCAGUGGGAGAAGUUUAGUAUGGAAGCAGAGAUGAGGGAAGAGCAGAGUUUUGCUUGGCAGUAUCUGCAAUGAGAGGACUUGUGCUGCUCCAUUGGCAGGACCACGGAAUCAUAAAUCAUGGAUGGUUUGGGUUGGAAGGGACCUUAAAACUCCUCCAGUUCCACGCCCCCUGCAACGAGCAGGGAUGCCACAUCAGGUUACUCCAAGCCCUGUCUAAACCGGCCUUGAAAAGAAUGGAAAAAGUGACAAAAAUUCCAGUACAGUGGUUUUACACUGGACUUAAUUUAGCCCCCGACCACAGAUAUAAAAUUUACACAGGUUGCAGGCUGAGCUCUGCUGUCCUGACCCGUGUUUCUACAUAGAUGUGUGUGGAAAAUGAAUUUGGGUUGAAUCAAUAUUUUGGUUCAACUUUAUUGGAUGUAUUGGUUCAUUUACAAGAAAAAAACUCCCCAGGAAAAUAACAUGAGUUUGUCUCUUUCAUUUUAAUUUUCCCAUGGGAUCAGUGGGCCAGGUCAUACCAAUGAAAAGAUUUACAGCCCCUUUUUUGUGGCCUUUAAUUAGGACUGUGAGAACUCUCAUUAGCUGAUUAGUUUGCUGGUUUGUGGUCUUGUCAGUUUACCCAGAGUUUAAAUUCCAUGAGGAAGUGUUCAGGAGAAGACAAAAUCAAUGCUAGCGUUCAGAUCGUGCACAUUUCCACUUUGAAAUAGCCUUUCUGUGAGUUCUCUGUAAAUACAGACCAGUUGGUGGUGAGCUGACUUAUCAGAGCUGAUUAGACUCACGCUUUAUGCUGCUCUGAGGCAGUUGGUCAAAGCUCUCUCUAGUCAAUAGUUUAUCAGCCAAAGAUCUGAAAGAAAAAUCUGACUUGGGAGCCUGGAUGAAAACAUUCACUUUUAUUGAUUUUCCAGCUUGUGAAAAAAAUGUUUUCAUUGGAGGAUACAAAUCUCGAAUUCCUUACAUUUCAGCAUCUCAACCAAGGUAACACGCUCUGCUUCUUGCACAGUUUUAGAGAGGCUCUUUAGUUCCUAGAGUUGCAUUUUGCUGGUUCACUGAAAUGCUCCAAAUUCUCCAAUUCUGCUCGCCUGGUCAGCCCAGGCUCUGCAGGGGCUGUCUGGGGACCCCCAGGCCAGCAGCCCUCCCCUGGUGAGCACUUGUACAGAUGUUGGUAGAAGUUUUGUAAAACAGGAAUUGAAUAAAGAAAUAUUUAUUAAAAACAUUUGUUUUGUAGUACUUAUUUGUUAAUUAGGUGAAGAUCUGUGCAAGCACCUGAGUAUCUGACUGAAACUGUAGCCUGUGAGUCUGAUAUAUUGAAUUUAGGGGAGGAGCUGCUGGAACAGCUGGGUAAAACAGAGAUAAGGCAGAGAUAAGGCAGAGAUGACGAUGCUGUUGCAGAGGCAGAGUAGGGAAGGAGCCUCUUUGUUUAACUUCCUGUGAUGACAGCAGGAACCAUGAGAGUAUCAUUUAAAAAAUAAUGUUUCUCAAUGGAACUUGAAAUAGGUGCUUAAAUAAAGUGAGCUGACUGCUGCAA